UAUAUCCAAAUUACAUCCACAACCAUACUACAACAUUACCAUAACCACCACCAUCUGCAAUGGCCAAUACAGCACCACAUCCGCAACACGCUGCAGCAGGGCCAAGGCACUCGAAACUCCUAAGAACCAUAGCCAUUGUCCUGCUAGCCCUGAUAAUCAUCGUUGCCCUAGCCGUGCUCAUAAUUUGGCUUGUAAUUAAGCCAAAACGCCUUGUCUACACAAUAGAAGAUGGCUCAAUCCAUGGUUUUAACUUAACCAAUGACCACCUCGACGCCAACUUCUAUUUCGCCAUCAGAGCCUAUAAUCCAAACAAAAAGGUCAAGAUAUACAAUGACAAAGUCGAAGUAUCAGUAUACUACAAUGAUCAGAAGGUGGCCUUUAAUUCUGUCAGUCCAUUUUUUCAGCCUCAUCAAAACGUGACACGUCUAGGGGUGAGCCUUCUUGCAAGAAAUGCGUCGUUAAAUCAUGAAGACUCUAAAGACCUCAGACUUGAGAAAUCUUCAGGGGAGAUUGAGUUUGAAGUUAAGGUGAAGUCAAGAAUUCGAUACAGGGUGGGAAAAUGGAAAUCGAGCCGGAGGACAAUGAAGGUAACAUGUAAAGGAGUAAUGCUGCACACUUCAUCAUCUAAGGGAUUCGACAGAAGCUACUGCGAUGUAGAUCUUUAAGAUGCAUGCAAAUUACUCAAUUUCUCAAAGCACGACUUUUUUUUUUUUUUUUUUUCCUUUUUUGAAUGUAAUUUUAUUUAUUCUGCAGUUUAUCAUUUGUUAACUGAGUGCAUAAUUAGUCCAUUUGUAACCCCUUCCUUUUCUUUCUAUUUGUCUCCUGUUAAUUGUGUGAUAUGUAUACACAUUGUGUAUAUCAAAAGUAUGAGUUUAUGUGGUGGCUUGUAUU